AACUAAACUUUAUUGAAAAAGGAAAGAGAGAGGAUUGGUUAAAAGCUCAUUCUCCAUCCAGCUAUGACUAGAGUUCUUAGGUCAGUUUCAUAGUAAAGAUGGUGAGGUUCAGAAUUGCAAAGACUCCUUUCCCGAAUCUGUUCAUCAGGUUAUAGUCCCAAGACAGGCCAAUGUCCAGUAUCAACAUGAUCCAGAUUUUGGAUUUUUGCUGUAGGCGGGGGUCCCCCUUUCUGCCUGCCCCGCCUCCCAAUUGACAAACCCAGAGAGCUCUGGAGAGCUCAACUCCCUGCACUCUGAACCACCUGACAUCUGCAUCAGGGCGGCCCCUGGAAACGCUGCUGCUGCCGUGAUCCCACGCGGGAGCCCUGUGCUUUGCUGCAGACAGGGAGGCUCGAAGACCGAAAGCUGCUCCCAGGUAGGGGGCACCAUCGCACCAACCAUGGCGAGAUCCAGUGUCUUCAUCCCUCUGCUCCUCCUCUUCCUUCUCCCUUCAGUCUCCCCCGACUGCUACACGGGCACAGCUGAGGAGUGUGGUGAGACCACCAUCUUCGUGCCCGCAUACAGCUUGGUGGGGGAGGGCAUCGACGUGACCACUCUGGAGUGGACGGGGGCUGAUGUGGUGGACACCAGCCUGUGGCGCCGCCCAAAUGGCGCCUGCACCAUAUGCGAGAACCGGCUGCAGGGGCGGCAGCACCAGAGGCUGCCGCUGGCCGUGAAGGACUGGAGAGUCAACAUCUCAUGCAACUGGGAGCUCAGCAGCUCAGCGGAAGAGUCAGCCGCGGCUGUGGGCCGGGCACUGGCGUCGGAGGUGAACAACGACUGGAUGAAAGAGCUGGAGCUGCAAGAGGAGCCCCAUGGCCCGGCCUUGGCGGGGUCCAAAUCCCGGCUCACCAGCUACGCUUACCAGAAGGAGGUGCAGGACAAGUACAUGUUCAUACGCCACGAGAUACCGUGUGUGUAUUACAGGUUGAGUCUCACUCAAGAUCCCCCACUGAUGUCCCAGUUCUCCCGGGAACUGAAAAGCCUCCCACCCAGCUACGACUCAGCCACAUACCAGCCCUUCCUGGCCACGUACGGUACCCACUAUGUGAGUCAGGCAGACCUGGGGGGGCGCGUGCAGCAGCUGACGGCCGUUCAGACCUGCCGGGCAGCGCUGGACGGGCUGACAGCCACCGAAAUCAAGGCGUGCCUGGGCUCACAGUUCUUUCAAGACCUGGGCCUGAGUCAGACCAGCAAGCAGAGCAGCGAGGGCACGGGGAGCUCCCAGGCACCCUACAUGGAGAAGCGCAUCAAGGUGACGGGUGGCAACAGCUACUCCAAGCGGCUCUUCUCCACCGAGCAAAACGCCAGCUCCUUCUCGACCUGGAAGGAUAGCCUCAAAGCCAGCCCCGACCUGGUCUCCUACUCUCUGAUGCCCAUCCACACCCUGGUGAGUCUGGACAAGCCCAGGCAGGAGGCGCUGAAGCAGGCAGUGAAGGAGUACGUAGCUGAGCGGGGGCGCAAGAAGAGUUGCCCUCGUAGCUGCCCACAAGGGGGCCAGGCUGACCCCUUGGACCCCUGCAAAUGCACCUGCUCCGACAACCCCCUCACCAACUCCAUGUGCUGUUCACGUGAGCGGGGCAUGGCCCGGCUGAAGGUCCAUGUGCUGAAGGGCACAAACCUGUGGGGAGACACCGUGUCCGCCACCGACGCCUACGUCAUGUUCUUGUUCCAAGGCCGGAAGCUGCAGACAGACCGCAUUAAGGAUGAUAACAACCCCAUCUGGAACAAAGACCUGGACUUCGGGCCGGUGACACUGCCAGAGCGGCCCAAACUGGAAAUGGAGGUGUGGGACAAGGACCUAUUGGACGACGACUUCCUAGGCCGCUGCUUCACCUACCUCAGGGUCGGCAGGAAUGCCACACUCACCUGCAAACUUGAAAACGGCCAGCUGCAGUUUUACUACACACUGGAGUGUGGGCCCAACCUGGGGGGCAACAACUGCCAUGAGUACGUGCCUGUGAGAGGCUCAGGGGAGAGAACCCAAGAGUCCUGGCUCCCAACUCCCCAGCUCUAAUCUACUAACCCCCACUCCCCUUCCAGAGCUGGCAAUGGAACCCAGGAGUCCUGGCUCCCAGCUCCUCUGGUCUAACCCACUAGAUCCCAUUCCCCACACAGAGCUUGGGAUAGAACCGAGGAGUCCUGGCUCCCAGCCCCCCCUGCUCUAACCCACUAGCCCCCAGCCCCUUCCCUGAGCUGGGGAAGAGAACCCAGGAGUCCUGGCUCCCAGCUCCCCUGCUCUAACCCACUAGACCCCACUCCCCACCUAGAGCUGGGGAUGGAACCCAAGAGUCCUGGCUCCCAGAGCCCCCCCCCAUGCUAACCCACUAACCCCCACUCCCUUACCCAAGCUGGGAUUCGAAACCAGGGGUCCCAGCUCGAACCCUCUGCUGCCUUUGAAACCAGGCCCAAAACAAGCCCAACCCAACUCAGAGGGAGAGGGGUGUGCGUGUGUUUGUGUUUGCGGGGGUUAUACAAAUUCCAUUAUAUUUUUUUAGUACUUCUAGUUUUGCUGCCUACAACAUGAAGUUACACAUUAAAAAUAAUAACCGUGCGCGGACUUCCAUUAUUAAGAAAAGAGGUCAUCCUCUCGCUCGCCCCCCUCCGCGGGACAUUCCUGUGUGAAACCAUGAAAGCAUCUUCCGGCGCGGGACAAGAAAAUGGAGCAUAGGAUGCGUCGAGCGGGCGGGAUUAUUGUAAUUGAAGGGGAGCAGGGAGCGGAGGCUUCUCAAAUUCUGGUGACGGGCAGGAGUCACCCAAAACCGCGCCUACCACCAUUUUUAUAGCAUGACUUUGUUAGGGUGUCCAGACGUCCUGAUUUUAUAGGGACAGGCCCAAGAUUCGGGGCUUUGUCUUAUAAAGGCGCCUAGUAACCCCUCCUCCUCCGUCCCAAUUUUUCACACUUGCUAUCUGGUCACCCUU